CUGUUAGUAAAAGUUCGGAGUGGGUAGACUUGGUGGUAAAAGUGAAAGUGAUUUGCGAAUAAGUUGAAAACCAACUUGUUCUGAGCACAGAAUUCUUGUCCAAGACACGGAGAUACUAUAUGAAAUUUAAGGGACUAGAGCACUCAAGGAAAAGAUUGAUAAGUAAAAAUAGGAGACGGCGGAGGAAUAUAGAGAUAAUCAGAAAUAUAUGGUUAAUUUGAAAAUUAACGAUACCACAAUUGUCAUGAUACCCUAAUAUAACAACAUAAGGGAGAAUUUUUGAAAUACAAUUUUCAAUAUCAUAAUUUGGCAGAUUAGGAAAUUAGGAAGAAAAUGGAAAAAUUUAUUCUCUUUGCGUGAACCAUGAAUAAAUUAAUGACAUAAUUAAAAAAAAGAUGUUCAUCAGGCAUUCACAUGAGAUUUGUCUAUCACUCUCAAAUAUUCAUUAACAAAAGACUAUUACUGCUUUCGAAAAAUAUUUCAGUAGAUAUAUUACCCACUAUUCCUAUGAUUAUUUUUGACAAUGGCAAAAGAAAUAUAAACUUAAGAAUGUUCUCACUACCCGUCAUCACUCUGGACUCAAAUGAAGGGAUAAGUUGCGAGAAACCAAUGCAACAUUCGAACUUCAAGUUGUUUCUCAACUAUUAGGUGACAGCAUAUCAAAAAUCUUAAAAACCAAUUCGCAAAACGCUAUAGGGCAUAUCAUAUGAAAGGAAGAGACAUUAUGGGAACGUGAUAUAUUGAUAGAGAAAACAAUAAAAUUUUUGUGAGAGAAGAAACAGAUGAUAAUGAAUGCUUUUCAGAAGAAACCGACUUACAUUGAUUGUUGAUUGGAAUGUCUCCACUUUUUCUUCUACUUUUAACUGGUUCCCUUUAUUCGGAUCCAGAUUGUCCUGAUUCAUCUGAACCAACAUACUUAGCUGACCCGACUGAUUGUAGCAAGUACUAUGAAUGCAUCCGAGGACAGAAAUAUCAAGGAAGUUGUCCAGAUGGUUUGUUAUGGGAUGAUUCCCACAAAUAUUGUGACGAUGGUGAUUAUGUCAAAUGUUAUGAUCCCGUUUGUCCAUCAACUGAGGGAACCUCCAACGUCGUUUACCCAGAUGAUUGCAGCAAAUAUUACAAGUGUACUAAUGGACGUAGUACCAUCCUGAGUUGCCCAGAAAAUAUGUUAUUCAAUCCUCAGACUAAUAAAUGUGAUUAUAUGGACAACGUAUCCUGUGAUUGGACUACUGGGCGUACUUCAGAAACAUCUACCACAACUACAUCAAAAACUACAACGUCUACAAAACCUGAAACUACAUCAAAAACUACUACGACUACUAAACCUGAUGAUUCCGUUUGUCCAUCAUCUGAAGGAACUUCGAAUGUAGUUUAUCCAGGUGAUUGCAGCAAAUAUUACAAAUGUAUUGAUGGGCACAGCAGCAUCCAGAGUUGUCCAGAAGCUAUGUUUUUUAAUCCAGAUACUAAAAAAUGUGAUUAUAUGGACAAUGUAUCAUGUGAUUUGACUACUAGGCAUACUUCAGAAACAUCUGCUGCAACUACAUCUAAAACUACAACAACUACUACACCUGAUGAUUCCGUUUGUCCAUCAUCUGAGGGAACUUCAAAUGUGGUUUAUCCAGGUGAUUGCAGCAAAUAUUACAAAUGUAUUGAUGGGCACAGCAGCAUCCAGAGUUGUCCAGAAGCUAUGUUUUUCAAUCCGGAUACUAAAAAAUGUGAUUAUAUGGACAAUGUAUCAUGUGAUUUGACUACUAGGCAUACUUCAGAAACAUCUGCUGCAACUACAUCUAAAACUACAACAACUACUACACCUGCGAAUCCCACUUCAAUCGAUCCUAUUUGUCCAUCAACAGAAGGAACCACAAACGUCGUUUACCCAGAUGAUUGCAGUAAAUAUUACAAAUGUACUGAUGGACAUAGCAGCAUUCUCAGUUGCCCAGAAAAUAUGUUAUUCAAUCCAAAAACCAAUAAAUGUGAUUAUAUGGACAACGUAUCUUGUAAUUCGACUACUCCACAUACCUCUACAUCAACUAUAACAACAACUUCUACUCCAGCGAAUCCCACUUCAAUCGAUCCCAUAUGUCCAUCAACAGAAGGAACUACAAACGUCGUUUACCCAGAUGAUUGCAGUAAAUAUUACAAAUGUACUGAUGGACAUAGCAGCAUUCUAAGUUGCCCAGAAAAUAUGUUAUUCAAUCCAAAGACCAAUAAAUGUGAUUAUAUAGACAAUGUAUCGUGCGAUCUAACCACUACACAUGGUUCCGGAACUACCACAAAACCAGACAGUGAUUGUACGAUAGUACCUGAUGGAACGUAUAUCGAAGACCCUACUAACUGUAGGAAAUACUUCCUUUGUAUUCAUGGACAUGGUACUUCCUUCAGCUGUCCAUCUGGAGAAAUUUGGGACAGUGUUGCUUUGACUUGUGUAAAAUCAGAUGAUGAUUGUUAAGAAAAUCUUUUAAUUGAGAUGUGAUAAUAAAAUAUUGUUGUUUCAUGUUCA